AUGCUGGCAUGGGUACAUCUGAACCAACGGAUGUUCCCUACGGAUCAGGAGACCCUGUCAUUCCUCCUGAUGAAUGUGAAGGACGUGGCAGGGGCCUGGGCCCAUCCUCACCUCAACCAACUAGGUUCUCACAGAGCCAUAAUUCAAACGGUUGACAAGUUCAGGACGGAGUUCUUGGCUGCAUUUGGCAACCUGGAUGCACAAGGGCAAGGGACUAUUGCCAUGGACCUGGAUUGGAGCAAUGCUGCCCUCCAAGGGCAAUUUGCACAAGGCCUCCACUGGGAGGUCAGCCAACUCAUUGCUACCCAUGAGCAGCGCCCCACCACUCUCCUUGAGCUGCAGAACGCGGCUCUGGUCAUUGAUAACACCCUCUGUGAAGAGCGUGCCAGCCACCCACCAAAGGGUAGACGCCUAUCCAGCAAUCCCAACUUUGUCUCCAAGGAGGAGCAAAAUUGCCACAGGGCUGAAGGCCUCUGCAUCAAAUGCAGGAAAGCGGGGCACAAGUUUGCAGAAUGCUGCACUGGCUGGAAAGCCAUGCCUAAGGAGGAAGGUGUCAAGAAGGAAGCUGCCAAGAUUGGCAAAGAGUCUGGACCUGAAUCAGGAAAAGACUAA